AUGGAGAAGACUUUGACCAGGAUUUGGACAGACAGCGUCGAACUCGCCAACGUUAUGAGCCAAUCUCCUUGUGACUUCAAGUCCCCAACUGCUCUUUCGGAGCUAGCAAGACUGCGACAGCACUGCUUGGAUCUCGAAAUUUCAGUCGAAGAGGAGCGAGAGCUUAGAUGUCUGGAAGAUGAACAAAAGAUCGCUAUCGACACACUGAAAGAUGAUCGGUCCAGCUUACCCCACGAGGAAAAGCAGAAACUCGACCGAGAACUGCAAAUCGACCAGUCGAACUCGGGGCCCAGCGCAUCCCGGGAUUGUGCAUUCUGA